UGUCACAUAUGAGCAGAGUCCUCUGAGAUUGAACAUCCUCAGCAUACAUGAAGCACAGAUGAUGGAGAAAAAGAGUGAGGGGAGAAAUCAGAGCAAAGCCUAUGAAUUCAGUUGUGUUUGAUAAAGUGGCAAUAAUUUAAAUCAUGGGUUUUUAAUCCUGCUACUAAAGAUCUACCUUCAUGCAGAAUUUACUUUUCUGGUUUUGGCUGGUUCCGGUGUGUUUGAUUAAGGUUGAAGCAACACUCUGCAGGUAGGUAGAUCUCUAGGAGCAUGAUUGACAUGCCUGAUUCAAAUUAUUAAUUAAAAUGUGCAUUAUUUGGGAAUAUCAGCUUUCACAAAGCACCAUAAUUACAAUCUACUCAUGCUUGGGUAUCAGCAAGAAUAAUGCAACAAACGCAUAAAAAAAAAACAUCUAUUUUUUUUUUUUUUUUGUUUACUUAAAAGCAUGUAUAUCAUUCAAUGCCCCCUGUUCAUACUACGACAGUCUAUGAUAGUAUUAGUACUAGGAAGCUAGCUCUUCAAACUAAUCUAGAGCUUAAACUACACAUGUCAGGACUCGAAUAGUAUUAAACACGUUCUCACGGCGCAAUAUUUUAAAAUGUUACACUUGCUUUACAGAGUUUAAUCUUGAGCUACACAUGUAACAUGAAUGUACAACCAUAAAUCCAUUUUUAACAAAUGAGGGCGUAACCGUCGACUAGCGUGUUACGACAGUUAGUCACCAUUUGCGGAUCCCAUACAAAUGAAUGGGGAGAGCCGUAAACUGACACCUAAUUAUCGCAAAAUUGUCCGUGUAUUCUAUUAUAAAACAGCAGUUUUAUCGUAUUAAUCUUCAAACAUAGUUCAUUCCAAAAGGAUUUUUUAAUGUAAAACAUGUUGAAGGUUAGCGGACAGUCGGUCAAUUCAUUAAGUGAUGAGCUGUUUCCUCACAAAAGCAGUUUAUUCAGCACACUGAAGCAUCUCGUCCAUAGACACCCAUUCAUAAAGAACGGCCUCUUGUCUCCUCGCCAGUGUGACCGCCGCGUUAUGCAUUGGUCUGCUAACAUUGAAAAAGGGCUCUGGUCAAAGUCUCUUUAGCAAGUCAGUCCAUUGGCGGCCAUUUUUGGAACGCUUUCGGGAAGCUAUUUCCAGUCAUGAAAGUGCAGUUCCAAUCUACUUGAAUGGGGGAACACCGAAAUCUCAAAAACGGUCUAUGAAACUGUUUGAAACAUGGAACAAAUAUAAAUCUCGCCUUCCUCAAGCGUAUUAUGAAGAGAACCUGUUACAAAUAGCAGAUUUCCUCCUUGACAACAAGCUUUACAGACUUGCUCUCUGGCAAGGGUACAGACUCUUUCUGCAGCAGUUUUGCACUGUAAACCUGGAGAGCAUAAAAGAUGUGGAGCAUUUCAAGCAGUCCUUCUUCCCGGAUGGCUUUGAUACACAGAGGGCACAACUUACGUUCCGCGCUCUGCAGGGAGAAUGCCAGUGCAUCUUCUGUUUGGAGAGAGAGAGAUGUGCACCGCCAGAUCAGAGUGGGGUGCAACGGCUCUUGAGCAUCCUGGGAUUUGUGCGCAUUCUGAUGCAAGCUGUUCUGCCCCAUGAAAGUCUAUGCUGGAUACUGUACAAUGGUUCGUUACACAUGUACAACAUAUGCAGAUUGCUGAUGUCUGUGGGUCAUGCUUCACAGAUUGUAGAGUUUUUACUCUGGGCAUGCACAUGCCUAGAGACCUCUGUUCCUCUGCUGACUUCCAGCUUCCUGCCAUGGAGGGCCACACUUUACUGUGCUGUGUGUGAGUGCUAUUUUCACAAUCAGGCUUCAGUACAAGCAGAGGUGUUUGCACGACGAGCUCUUGGCAAGAUCAGUGAAUUGGCCAAGCUGGAGGAGAUGACUGGUGCCCAAAUGUCAUUUGAGACCCAACAAGCUUUUAAAGAGGCCACUAUAAAACUUGCAGUCAUGGUGUUUAAGCGUUCAGUGUAUGAGCCACGCAGGAAACCUAAAGGACUCUUUAGGCCCAAACAGAAGAUCAGUUUAAGAGAGCUACAACUAACUCCGUGGCCUCGCACGCCCACUGAGCGUAUCCUGAUGGAGAUGUUUGAAGGUAAUGCUGCUCAGUUCCUGGCUGUGCUGGAAGCUCUUCAAGACAGCUCUGUCAGGCCACUGCACACUGGCAUGCCUGAAGAAUCGGAGGUCCAGGAAGUGGUGCUGGAACUCAUUUCAGCUGGCAUUAGCUUACUGUCUGGGAUUGGUGGUUCAGAACACAUCUUUGAUGCAAGUUUGCCUACCUCUGUGAAUGCAGUCACCCCUACUUCCACUCUCUUUAAGAUGGCUGUAGAUGGGAAGAGUAAGAUCACUGUAGAUGCUGCGGUGAAGUUUGUGAAGCAGCUCUUCAGAUAUGAACAGUGGAAUUUGUUUUGCUCGCUGUCUACUGCCCUUACAUCAGUAGUAGCUAACAUGGAGGGUCGUCUGUUCAGGAAAUUCGAGCUGGAACUGAUGCUUUUGGAGGGUGUAGAGCAUGUGAUGUCCACUCAAAGAGGAAAAUGCAUCAUGAAAGACACUACUGUUGAUGAUAAAGAUAAGAAUAUCGGGCCGGCAAGCAUGACAGAAGAAUUCUUCAAUCUUAUUCAUACACUUCAUGCAUGUGUUUGCAAAGCAGACAAGGAUGUCCAGCCUGAUGCCGACUUGGUGCUGGACAUCGUGUUGUUCUUUUGGGCAAAAUGCAAAAGUGUCUUUCAAAGAGCACAGAUGAGGCACUAUGACCCUGUGCGCUACCUGGGAAAGAUGGAAAACCAAGACCAGUGGGUGGAGACCCUGCUUUUGCUGUGUGAAGUGGCCCAUGUGUAUCAGCUGGCUGAAAUAGACCUCGUAUCCGUGGCUGAAAUGACUCUAAGACUGGCUAUGGUGCUGGAAAGCAGCGCAGAUGCCCCACCACAGUCGGGCAGAAAAACAGGUACUUUGUACCAAGUAGAAGAGUUUCACACAGCAACCUCAGCCACCACAGAAGACAGCAGUGAAGAAUCCAUCCCUGUUGGAAAAACUGCAAGCCCACUUUAUAUGAGGUCCAAAACAGAGCAGCUGCAGACUGCACUGGAUUUGGUGGAAUGUGGCAUAAAGUCUGUGUCUAGGGGCAGGGCCAAGUCAAUCUAUGGGAGCUCUGCUGUCUUUGACGAGGUAUUCAUGCAGAAGUUUGGUGAUACCAAGAGUUCCAUAGGGGGCAAAGUUCCAGAAGACAGCAGUACCCCUGACCUUACUGGGCUUUCCGUAGAUUUACAGCUGGAGCUGCUGGUCCUCCAUCAUAGACUCGCUCUCAAGCUAUUUGACUCCUGGCCAGAUGAGCUGAGUUUGAUGGAGGGUAAGAAAACUGUGAUGCACACUAGUCAAGCACAGGCCUCAGAAACAUACAGACCCACAGGAGAGUCCGUGUUGCUUGAAAAAAUCAAGAAGAACAAGAUCUCUAAAGUUGUUUACCUAGCACAGAAGGCCUUACUUACAUUCAGGAAGGACCAGACUAACAGAGAGACCAAGAAAAUGCUUGAGGAGGCCAUAACUUUGAUGGAGAAAGCAGAGCUGGAAGAGAGGAAACUGUUUAGUUCUAUGUUUCCUGCAGAAAGCAGUUCAGGAGAAAUGGAGAGGAGACAGCCUCCACCAGCCCCAGUACUCCUCUCACGCUCCAGUCACUCCAUGACUUUCACACCAGCACUGUACGCCCUGGAGGAGGAGGUUUGUUGGUACUGUAUUUACGGAAAAGAGGCAGAGGGGGCCAAUCUGAAAGUGCGACUUAAAGAUUGCCACCUGAAUGGGACUGGAGAUAUGGUUCCUGCCAGAGGCGAACGCUUACUUUGUGUAAGCGGUUUGGAGCCCAAUAAGAAGUACAUUUUUGCAGUGGCUGCAUUUGAUGCUCAGGGCAAAAUGAUGGGUAGCGCCGUUGGAGAGACCACCAGGCCUUUGCUGGCUUCCUUACCUCAACCACUGCUUACAACCUGGGCCCACCUAGCUCAGGUGGCAUAUCAGGUAGGACUCCACACCCUUUCCAAAAGAGCUUGUAAAGAACUUUGGAGCCACUUUACUCUUCCAUCAAGCUCCAAUCCUGAGGGUCCGGAGCCAGAACAAGGAUCCUGUUUUGAAAGGCUGGCUCAGACAAGGCUUCGCCCAGAGAUCCUACAGCUUUCCUCUCCUGUUCUACAGCAGCUUUUUAUCUCCACCAUCUUUAUUCAGACAGAUAUCCACAUUCAGGAGGGGGCGCUAUUCUGUGACGCACUCUCUGAUGGGGGGCCUUUGAUCUGGGGCCAGGAGGCUAGGCUUGCCGAGUGUGAACGGAUGUUGGUAGCCAUAGAUCUUGCUUUGCACCUCAAUGACAGCAGUGACAUUCUGCAGGCUGUAUCGAGCUGUUAUGGCCUUCUGGCUCCAUUAAUCUACAAUCAGAUCCCUUCAGAAUCUGUCAUAGAGGUGCUGCUGAAGUGCUUUACAGUGCUGCUUGAGAUCCUAAGAGUGCUCGAGCAGAAACGGGCUGCUAACGUCACAGAGUCCUUGCAGCACAUGGUCGCCUGUAUUACACAUUAUUUAGCCAAGAGCUUGCGUUUCACUCAUGAGAGUUGUAUGGCAUCAUCUGUGAUUGAGUUGGGAAAGAAGUUACUUCAGGAGAUCACUGAGCCCCCACAGCAGCCCCUUAAAAAAACAUCAUCAGUGGAACAGGAAAGGAAGGCAGCUUCCACCUAUGAUAUGGAGCCAAGUGAACAGCUAAAGGCUUUAGACGCCACUGUCAUAAAAAACAUGCGAACAUUUGGAAACUAUGAUGUCACUUCCUGUAAAAAAACAGUGUCUCGUGGCCAUGAGCUCACUGGACAGGAAGACCCUGUCGUACUCUACAUGGUGAUUGAAAAUAGUCCCCUCCAGAAAGCCUUCCAAGAAGUGAUGAAGUUCAAACAGAAGUCUUGUUUUCUGGAGUUUGUUGAGCGUUUGCUCCAAAAAGCUCUGCAAGAAGAUCAGCUGGAUUUAGUGCUGCAGUGGGAGCAGAAUAUCUUGAACUUGCUCAGCAGACGUGAUGAGGCUCUAUCCGGGCUAAAGAAGAACACAGAUCUACCAAGGGAAGAGUUUAAAGAGUUCACAGCCUCUGUGAUAGAGUAUGACACAAAAAAACAAAAAAGUAGCACAUUGCAUGGUGUCAAAAAGUCGCUACAGAAGAAACUACUGAGUGCAUUUAAGAGUCAAAAGUCUGAAAGAGAGGUGAAAGCUGUGGAUACUCUGCUAAAUCAACUGGCUGCUUUUAUCAGAAGGCAUCGGCACAACUGGAAGCUGAGGGAGAUCCGCUCAGAGGAUUCACGGUGGCGUUGCCAUGUCAAUCUGAGCUUGGCCCGUGCCCACCUAGGCCUGCUGAGGAGGAACCUGGGCUCACCUCCCAAGCUCUGUUUCAGUCAUCUGCCGCUGUCUUUCUUCUCCCUGGCUCGCUGUGGAACACUAGUAAAGUGGAAGAAUGUCCCACAGCACAUCAGGAAACCUGAACUGACUCUUCCACAUCCCAAAUUUGCACCCCAUCCUGGACGCAGUGCUUGCCAAAGGGAUGUGAAACACAGGCUUAAGGACUCUAAUCAGGAAGCACUAAACACCAGUGAAGAUGAGUUGAACUCUGCAGACAGUGAAGUGGAAGGUGAAGUUGACUCCACGGUUCAGUACACCCAUAAUGCUGAAAGCAGUGAGGGUUCUUCAGCUGACAGCCCUCCUGCAGGUCAAACUGCCUCCCAACUACUGGACACACUCAACAAAGCCUCUGUGUACUUCCGCAGAGCCAUGGUGUUGGCACAUCGCUUGGGUCACUGGACAACUUUACAAUGGGUGUGUCAGACUCUGUGGGACCAGUCAAGUAUCCUGGCAAAUAUGGUGGAGCAAUCCCAGGGAGCUGAUGCCCACAGCAGACAGCUGACAAUAGAGCAGCUAUAUACUGUGAUUACUCCUCUACUGGUCCUGGCCUCGGAUCUUCUCAUGGACAUGAUGGAGAGACUGAAGCUGUGGAAUAUUUAUGAUGUGGAAGAGGAUGAGCUGGAGGCAAGCCUGUACUUUUCUGCUCCAAUGGAUGAUGGUUCAGUUGUAGAUCUUCGCUGGAUCCGAACUCUGGUGCUACACACACUAGAGCUUCUGUACUACCAGGCCAAGUGGGAAAGUCUUGCCCACCUCGCUCUGCUUUAUAACACGUACACACGGGAGCGCUACUCUCACAUGGUAACACCGGUUUUGGUGCAUGCACAGAGGAGGCUGUUGGACAGGAUCAACUAUUUUGAGGGCCCUCCUUCUCCCCAACCUCACUUCACCUACACUGAGAUAAUCACUGGAGAGAAGGUGAACUGCAGGAACUAUGCAGGUAUUCAGUUGCUGUCUUCCAGGGGACAGCUUUGGAGAAGUGCUUCUCAACCAGAGCCCAAUGAACUCCCAGAUGUGAAGAGAGCUUUGUGUCUGGUGUGUGUACCAUUGGAUGUGGAGGACACACUGCGCUGUUUUAGAGAGUCUCUGGAGAAAAGACGUCACACACUGCUGACCUUCCAGCACAGUCAAACUCUACUGCGUCUCCUGCUGGCUGACACACAGCACCCAUAUGUUGAGGUGCCGUUCUGUAAGGAGACCAUCACUUUUCUGCCGGGAAAAGUGGAAUUCAGCUUGACAGCCAGCACCCCACCAGGCAUCAGCCCUCCAGACCUGUCUACUGAAGACUACAGCACUCUGGGCUCCAUCUACAGCACCACCCUACCUCCAUCACAGAUCCAGAUGGUUCUCUCCUCCUACAGCAAUUCCAUUAAAUAUCUUCAAGCAAACAAGUACAACUCCCUGCAGGUGCUAGCCCUGCAUGACCUUGGAAACCUGCAUUUUUACAAUGGAAAUCGGAAGGCUGCACACUCUUUCUGGAGUAAGGCUCUGGACUGUGCUCUGCAGAGCUCUGGAGUUCUGGAGUCUUGGGAUGGUGACUCAUGGGGCGGCUUCUCCUCUCAGGAAACCCUGCGGAAUGCUGGGAUAUGGGGCUGUCUCCAGGGAGCUUUGCUUUCUGCCAAGAUCGCACAGCACAUCUUGAUUUCCAACAUCAACCAGCGCACAAAAUGCUGUCUACUCUCUACCACACUCUUCAAGUGCCUACUGAUGGCCUCUAUGCCCCAUCCGAUGACGGACUUGGCGUAUGCCACAUAUACUGUGGAGACAGAGUUGAUCCCAGGUGUCGACCUCUUCUCUGAGCCAGAUCGAGGAAAUCUGGGCACAACCGUUGCCAGUUUGUCUUUUCUCUGCCAGUGGCUGUAUACAUCAGGGCACGUUCUCAAGGCUCUUCCAAUGCUAGCUCUCUACCUGUAUAUUGCCAGAACUGUUUGUCGUGAUACACACCUCACUGUCACAUGCAGAAUACUGAAGGUAAAGGUCUUGACAGAGUUGGGGGCCAUAACUCAGGCGGUUAAAGAGCUCAACAGUCUCACAUUUGGCAAGGAAAUUCCCCUGCCUCAUGUCUGCUACCACAAAGCAGAGAAGCCUUCUUGGACAAGGAAAAAAUUUAUUCAAGGGAAGCCUCUGCUGGAUCCUUCCAACCUUCAGGUUCUUGAGGAUGUGGUCAAUAGGAGUCCAAAAGGAGAUAUUAUGAGUCUUUAUGGCUCAAGAUUGACCAGACAGCUUCUGAUGGCCAGAGUUCACCUCAUAUUGACUAUAUGUAGCACAAUACAUGACUUGCCUGAGCCACUGACACCAGAGGUAUCUGAGACUGAGGAGAAAAGCUCUACUCUGAAGAGAUGUUCUAGCACUCCCUGUGUGUCUGAUGCCCCCACCACUGAGGAGUCUCACUGCACUGCACCCAGCAAGAGCAAGAAACCCAAGGGUCUCCAGCUAAAUGCAGAGAAGGAUAAACUCACAUUAGCAAGAGUCAAGGCCAAGCUCCUCAAGGAGGCACAUGCUCUGGUUAGUCCUGAACUCUUUGCCCCACAGCAGCUGUGCAAUAAUCCUGAAGAGCUAGAGGCGGCUGUGGAGAUCAGACUGUUGAUGUCCAAUAUCAACAUGCAACAGGGCAGAGUGGCUGCCAGUGCAGAUCUGGCAGUGUCUGCUAUGAGUCUGCUCCAGAGCUCUCCUGUCUUUCAAAGUGAUUUCCGUCCACUGCCUCCUCCCAGACCACCCUCCUCUGUCCUUAGACGAUCCAGAGCCAAAACUCACCAGAUCAGCUCUCAGGUGGCAAAGUCUGUUGUCAGUCUCCAGACUGGAGAUGUUCCAGCAGAGGUGGAAGCCAGAGAACGCUUGGAUCCUAUCUUCUGGCUACGCUGUAGGCUGGCUGUGGUUUGCUCCCUCGUAGGCCACAUCCCUGGAACCGCCAUUUACUCUGGUGCAGACAGCAGUGUAGAGGCACUCAGGUUGCUAAAGGAGGGUCUGGCAGAGGCUGAGGCCUGGGGAGAUCCAGACACUAAAGCCCAGUUGCUCCUACAGGGUGUCCAACUUAACACAUACCGUGGCAGACCCAGAGAGGACAGUACCUCCAUGCUACAGGAGAUUGUAAGCCUGUUGUCUGGGCGCAAUGUUCUCCCUCUGCGCUCUCAAAUGGCUUUAGCAGAGGCUGCACUGCUGCUUAGUGAGCUUAGAGGAACAGGAAGCCAGACCCUCCACCUGCUCACACAGAAACUUCUGCAGCAACAGCUCUGUGCCCUUGGGGAGUCUAUAUGUUUGAAAAAAGGUGGUGAGGUGCAGCUACUAUCUGAAGGCCUGAAGAAUAUUUAUCUUCCACAGCUUCCCUUACUGGCCAAGACAACCAUGCGCAUGGGUCAGUCUUUGGCUCUGCAGGCUCUGUCGAGUUCCUUAGAUGGCGGUGAGGAGCCCUGGAGGCCCUUGGUAUCUGCUCAAGAUGUUCUGCAGUCUGCUUUCAGUAUCUCUCAGGCUUCUGCCAAAAGAGACCUCCAGCUAGAGGCUGAUAUCCUCUACUGCACAGGAAAAGUAGGAAUACGUCUCAUUUCCAUGCAAAAAUCAGAUCCCCAGAAAGUCAUAGAGGCCCUAUUGGAGUGCAUUUUAUUUAACCACACUCAUAGUCACAACCUGCUGCUUAUACAUAGAUGCUACUUGAAAAUGGCAUUGAUCUACUUGCAACAGUGGGAGCAGAGUGACCCGCCCCCUGCACAUCUGACAUCUCCCUCCUCACCAAAACCUGACAAAACCAGCAAGGAAACAGUUGGAGAUACCUACCUACUGCUCUUCUGGGUUUGUUUGAGGGGAGCUUUAAAGACGUCAGAGGCUAUUGGCAAAUGUGUCCAUUUGCAUGGAUUCUCUGAAGUCACUGAAGGCCACUUGCCUCCUUCCUCAAUUAAAGCCCUGCCUGACUUUGCAUUGAAUGAUCUCUUUCACCCCUGUGGGGGGCUGGAAAACCCUGGAAAUUGUAUCCCCAUUCCUGAAACAUUAAUGGAUACUGAGUUGAAUGGCAGGAAAUGCUCUCAGCUGACCUGGACUCAUAUGUCUCGUUACUAUAUGCACUUAGUCAACCUGCUACAUGUCUCCUCACAGCCAGGAGCAGUGCAGGGUGUUGAUGGGCUGCUGUCAGUGGCUGGUGAUCCCAACCUUGCUCUCAGACUCUCACAGUUGCACACCUUCUUCAGCUGUCAUCUGCCAUCUUACAGAGAGCAGUGGGCCAUUCCUGAUCCCCCUACUGCUCUGAUACUGGAGCCUCAGCACGUACUGGCAUCUUUAUGCCAGGACAGCGAGCCUGUGUCAGAUCUCUACCCCUGGGCCAGCACUGACAUCCAGGAACUGUGCAUUCAGUGGUAUAGACCCACCUUAGUAGACAACAAGAUUGUGCUUGUCUUUGCUGUGAACAAUGCUCCUCUAUCAGCAUUGAGCUCUAGUGCAGAGGCAGUGGCUGCCCUACAAGCUGGACAGAGAGCAAUCUGUUUGGACAGGCUGAAUGCUGUUCAUGCCCAGCUGAGCUCAACAUGUGUGGAGGUUGAUGGCCCUGUUUCAUCCUCCACCAGCUCAGCCUCCUCCUUCAGCCCACUGAAAGAUCAGCAGAACAGAAAGAAAAAUUCCACCCCUCAACAACAGAUGUUUUUGGAGAAGACCAAACGUGUCUGCACUGAGAUCAGGAAUUUACUGAAGCCUGAUUUAAACACAACACCCAUCACAGAGUUGCCCUUUGACCUAAGCAUGCAGACCCUUUGUGACCUGGAACGCUGCUUUAAUCGUGCAACAGGGGGCACACUGCAAGACACAGCCUUCAUCACCUGGCUCCUAUAUCUUCUGAAUUAAAAACCCACAACCC